AUCAACUAACGUUAUAGACAUGACGUAUGAACGUAUGGACAACAAACAGUAGUUGGACUUGGAGACAGCGCAAGGUGGAUCAAUUCCUUGUGUGCAUUCCUGUGCUGAGUUUCAAGUGGAGGUUGGCGUACGAAUCAAUAUUUUUACGACUGUAACUUACAGUAAAAGAAGAAGCAAUUGCACGGAGGUGUUGAAAUCAGUUGUUGGGAAUUGUCCAGGCAGGCAGGCAGGCACAAGCGUCAGCUAACGUUAGCACUACUGAAACAUGCUGUGGACUAUGACGCCUGUUUUUCUUUCUGCCUGACCGAGGGUAAUGAUGCUAAACGCUUUGGUGAGAUGCAGAAGGAUUUUUAAUGUAUUUAUCCUUAAACAAGAUGGUGGUACGGAGUAAACCUGCAGUGUUUUAUGUGGGAGUGCAUACCGUGACACUGGCCUAGAUGAAAGCUCGUGUACUUUUAUCUAGCUAGCUAGGUGUAAAUGAAACGGUCUUGGCGCAAGCUAAUGCUAACUGACAUUAUCUAACGUAGCGUUAAUGGAAGCACCGUGAACCACUUUUAUCCUAGACGGUAGUUAGUCUGCCUCUUACCUGAACAUUUUGUAUGGACUAUAAUCGAGCCCAAACAACUGCGUAUUGUGUUUUAAAGCAGUGAUCUGGACAGCGGAACUACUGAGUUCGGUGUAGAGGCGAGCAUUAAACAACACAGCUGGGACUUUUGCUGUUUAUCCUCUAUCAGCUAGCCAGUUAGUCAGCUAGCUAGCUAAGCUAGCUGGUGAUACGCUCUUAACAUUAACCUAGUUAGUAAGUGGGAAAACAAACGUGUCAGUAAACUGAACAAGCUUUACAUCUAGCUAGUGAGCUAUGUUAAAGUAGCUAACAGUCUAUUCACAUUGGUCAAAAUAAAAAUAUUUCAGUGAACUGCAAUCACUUGCAAUUUCAACUUUUUAAACUGUCCCAAGUUUGCCUGUAACUUAUAUCUGUUAUCCUGCUGACUCGAGCAUUGGCGUGAGUUGCCCGGUUAGUUCACCAAAGGUGCUUGGGCUUAAAUAGGGAAUCGAACUAGUUUACUAAUCACACUCAGACAACGUCAGGCUAGCUACAAGGCGACCAAAUUAUGUCAGAUUUUUUUUAAGGUUCGGCAUACCUUGUUUGGCACAAUUUGUAUGUUGGCUUCACUGAUUUAUUAGCUUCACUUGUUUAUAUUGUGAAAUAACGUCAAUGAAAACUUGAUAUUUCACAUCAUUGUCAAAUUUGCACAACCGAAGCAAACAACGCACUUCAAGGGACGCUGCAAUUUUCUCAAGCAGUUGUGGUAAUUGGGCGUGUAAAGCAACUGUAUUUGUAAAAAUAUAACGUGUAGGUGAUGAUUAAACUCAAGUCACUUGUAUCUCAAGUGCAUGUAGAAAUAGUAGCGAAUUUCUUUUGAAUCAGUCUUAGCAAAGCAGGCAGCCCGUUGAAUAGUUAAAUUGAGGGCAACUGGAGCAGGGAAUCUACAUUUUGCAAAACUCGGUGGUGCGUGUUCCAUCUCCCGACAUGAGAAGAUGAACAGCGAGGAGCCAGCCUUAGAUUUGUGCAAUGCUAAGAACAGUGCGGGGGAGAGCGCUGCCUCCACUCCCGCGGACGAGAUCAUCCCCAGGAACAGUGGCCUGCGGAUGGAUGGAGACGCCGUCAAGCAGGGGGUGGACGCGCCCACUUUGGCCAGGUUGACCGCCUGUCCAGAUGGGGACAUAGAACCGCAACGGACGAAAGAGAAGUCUGAUAGCGACGAGGUAAACGGAAACAAGAACAACGGUAUAACAGUCACAGCCGCAGCAGUCGGCUCUGACCUAGGUGACACUUCUGAUGACAAUAAUCACCAGAAUAGUAGCGGCAUGGUGCCGGAAGCGCCCGUCCCCAGUUUUUCUUUUGGGGACGGCGUGGAUGAAGGGGACAUGGAUAUCGGUGUGGAUUUAAGCUUAGAUGAGACUGGAGUUUUGGAGUCCGAGCCACCGGUGCCCAAAUCUGAAAGUGCCUCCAGCGGCGCCGGUGUGAACUCGAUAUCACGGCCGGGCACGGCACCACCAGAGAAGCCCACCGAACUAGGGCAUGGGGAUAUGGGGCCUUUAAGUCCGUCUCCGACGGAGAACUUCUGCUCCCCAGCUUCUGACCAGGAAGAUUUACAGAUACAUAAACCAGGGGCCAAGAGGGUGACGUUCCCCUCUGACGAGGAUAUCGUGUCUGGCGCUGUGGAGCCCAAAGAUCCAUGGAGACAUGCCCAGAACGUUACGGUGGAGGAGAUCCUGAAUGCAUACAAACAGGCCUGCCAGAAACUCAACGGCAAGCCCAUUCCCAAAGUGCUCAAACAGAUACAGGAGCUGACUCAGCUGAACCAGAGAAAUGAGUGCCUGGACCUUAAAGGAGAAAAGCUGGACUAUAAGGCCUGUGAGUCACUGGAAGAGAUCUUUAAGAGGGUCCAAUUCAAACUGGUGGAUCUAGAGCAGACCAACCUGGAUGAAGAUGGAGCGUCUGCGUUGUUCGACAUGAUCGAGUACUACGAGUCGGCCACACACCUCAACAUCUCCUUCAACAAGCACAUCGGCACGCGAGGAUGGCAGGCCGCCGCCCACAUGAUGAGGAAGACGAGCUCUCUGACGUACCUGGAUGCACGGAACACCCCUCUGCUGGAUCACUCGGCCCCAUUUGUGGCGCGCGCCCUCAGGAUCAGCGGCAGCCUGGCUGUGCUGCACCUGGAGAACGCCGGCCUGUCGGGGCGACCGCUCAUGCUGCUGGCCACUGCUCUGAAGAUGAACAUGAACCUGCGGGAGCUCUAUCUGGCUGAUAACAAGCUUAAUGGCCUUCAGGACUCGGCCCAGCUGGGCAACCUGCUCAAGUUCAACUACAACAUCCAGAUCCUGGACCUGCGCAACAACCACAUCCUGGACACCGGGCUGGCAUACGUGUGUGAGGGCCUGAAGGAGCAGAGGAAAGGUCUGGUCACCUUGGUGUUGUGGAACAACCAGCUCACACACAACGGCAUGGGCUACCUCGCAGCUGCACUGCCCUGUACUCAGAGUCUGGAGACGUUGAACCUGGGCCAUAACUCCGUGGGGAAUGAGGGGGUUCACAAGCUGAAGGACGGCCUCAUCGCUAACCGCUCUGUGCUCAGACUGGGGCUCGCCUCCACCAAACUGUCCUGCGAGGGUGCUGUAGCAGUGGCUGAGUUCAUUGCUGAGAGCCCUCGGCUGCUGCGCCUGGACCUGCGUGAGAACGACAUUAAGACAGGUGGCCUGAUGGCCUUAUCCCUGGCCCUCAAGGUCAACACCUCCCUACUGCGCCUCGACCUGGAUCGCGAGCCCAAGAAGGAGACGGUGAAGAGCUUCAUAGAGACGCAGCGCGCCCUGCUGGCGGAGGUCCAGAAUGGCUGCAAGCGGAACUUCAUCCUGGCGAAGGAGCGCGAGGAGACCGAGCAGAAGAUGCGGCAGUCCGCCUCCAUGGCCGAGAUCUCCGCCGAGGACCUGCCACAGCAGCAGGAGGAGGAGGGGCAGGAGGCCUCCGCUGCCACGGCCUCCACAACGACAGAAGGAGAGGCUGAGAGCGGAGAGGAGGAAGCGGGCGAGACCAAAACUGAGGGAGGGGAGGCAGAGGAGAGCUCGUCACAGACAGCGCCCGCCGUGGACGACUCCGACUCGGACACUGAGGAGGAGGAAGAGGAGGAUGAGAAAGAGGUGUUUGUGGGAGGGGCUUCGCCGGUCAAAUGCUCUGCGAAUGACGGCGCUCCACAGCCCUCGAAGCAGCCCAGCCCCAGUGCUAGCCCCUCCCACAGCCCUGGCCCAAUCAGCAGCGCCGCUCAGACCUCCAGCCCGCCGCGUAACCCCUCCCUGUCCGGGAUCACGGUCACCGAGGCGCCGGUGGCCCCCGGUACACCCCCCUCCCCCGGCCGCUGCAUCUCUGUGUCCAGCCCCGGCCGCGGUCACAAGAUCUUCAUGGUGACCCGCGUGGAGAGCCCGCCAGAACAGCCACAACUGCUGGCCCAGCUUCAGGCCUGGAAAGAGCAGGACCGAGCAGCCCAGAACCAGAGACAAGGUCCAGGCCAGACCCCCAAAGACAGUACCCCGAAGCCCACACCUUCUGAGCAGACCCAAAGCCCGACACAGACGUCCUCAGGUGGAGGGCAUCAGGGUCCAAACGGGCCUCCUGUGGGACAGACGGACUCGCACACGCAGAAGGAGGACCAGAGCCCUGCUGAGCAGGUGUCCAACACCCCAGCUAACUCCCCAGGGGAGACAGUGCCGACCCCCCCAGAACUACAAUCCCAGCAUCCCCCAGCAGAGACUGACUUGAGUGUAACACCCCUGAAGCAGCCAAUUACAGCCUUCACAGUGGGUGUUAAAGAGGACCUGAAGGAAAGCAGCCAGGAGGUUUCCACAGAGCCUAGCCAGCUUUCAGCUGAGGGACAAAUAGUAGUAGUAGCAGCAGAAACAGCAAACAUACUGCAGGUACAGCCUCCAGCCUGCCCAUACACUCACACACAACUCCAGCCUGACACAGGCAGCAUAGACACACUAACCAGGCCAGAGCCGGUCCAGGAAACCCAGUCUGGAUCACAGACACUGGUAGCAGAGCAGGCUAGGGAGGCGAUUGCAGCUGAGCAGCAGCCUGAGCAGGCUUCCCAGAUGAUCCCAGAGCAGGCUUCCCAGAUUAUCCCAGAGCAGCCUUCCCAAAUGAUCCCAGAGCAGGCUUCCCAAAUGAUCCCAGAGCAGGCUUCCCAAAUGAUCCCAGAGCAGCCUUCCCAGAUGAUCCCAGAGCAGCAGCCUGAGCAGGCUUCCCAAUUGAUCCCAGAGCAGGCUUCCCAAAUUAUCCCAGAGCAGGCUUCCCAAAUUAUCCCAGAGCAACAGCCCGAGCAGGCUUCCCAAAUGAUCCCAGAGCAGGCUUCCCAAAUGAUCCCAGAGCAGGCUUCCCAAAUGGUCCCAGAGCCAGCUGCCCAAGAGCAGGAGUCUCAGACAACCUCCCAGUCCUGCCAACAGGACCCACAGACACAGGAGCUGUCUGAGGAGUGCGUCCUGCCCGCUGCAUCAUCAGAGGUCAGUGGUAAUCCAGAGCAGACCCUGGUGCUGGAGAGGCCGUUGGAGCCUGACUCCAGCCCAGGUCCUGAGCAGCUCCCUCAGACUGGAGGCACACAGACACCUGGGCAGGUGGAGGAAGAGAAGCUUGAGGCUGAGCUUGAGGCUGAGCUUGAGGCUGAGCUGGACGCUGAGCUAGAGCUGAUCUUGGAUCAGCAGACGCAGCUGUGCCCUGUUCCCGCUCUUCCACCUCUCAUCCCUGCGGAGUCCCCAGACUCUUCAGCCCCGCUGCCUUCUCCAGAGCCCAUCACCGCGGCCGCCACACCCGCUCAGGAGCAACACACCGCCCCAACGGAAGAGCAUGCCGCGGACGCCAUGACGACCACGGAUGCGCCACAGGCGGAAGAGUCGUCAGCCGACUCCCCGGACGAGAGUUCAACGGACGACGGCGAGAGCAUAGCGACAGAACCAUCUGGAGAACCAUCAGCCCUGCCCAAUGGGCUGAAGCCCGAGUUCGCCCUGCACCUGCUGGAUCCCGAAGGGCCCAAGCCAGGCAGCUGCGUCAUGGAGCACGUGACCGCAGAGCUUCACUGCGGGCAGGACCUGGAGGAGCUGCUGCUGGAGGCCAGCCUGGACACCGGACGUGAGGCCCCGUAAUGCUGUCACCAUGGUUGCUGUCGACCAGCUGGUCAGUAUGUCUUUUGGGGCCUGUUCCAGGCCUUGGGCUCCUGAUGCCCUAACCCACCCCAGCUCCCACCCCUGCCCACACACACUUACCUCCCCCUUCAUCAUUCCUGCUGUCUACUCACCCUCUCUUAGGCCACUGUCACACACAUGAUCAUUGAUACUCACACGCACACACACACUCACACACUCACACACUCACGCACACACACACACACACACACACACACACACACACACACACAAGGAACCCUCUGAAAAGACAAAGAAAAUAUUAAUAACACCACAGCCUCUGACUGAAACUGUCAUGGCAUUUCAGCCAAUACACUACAAGGCACGGCCAGAAGAAACACACACAGACGAAAGAAAGAAUAAAAAGAAAAACAAACAAAAAAAAAA